AUGUUUUUCAUUCUUAGUAUCAAUGAUAAAAUAACUGAAAUAUUUGAAGAACUUGAUAAUGAAAUGAAAGAUUUCGAAAAAAAACCAACUGAUCAUUAUAUUGACACAAGUUGUGCUGGGGGUGAUGAUGCUGGUGCAGUUAUUAUCGGUAACACCAUUUAUGUUGGUGAUGAUUUUGGAUUAGAUAUAAAUGCAUUUAAACAUCUUAUGAAUUGA